AUGCGGUUCCCGGUUUCGUUCGUGUUACUGAGCGUCGUGGCAGCGGAGUUGCUGCUCAGUUCUGCUCCAGUCGCCGGAGCAGGCGCUCCAAAGGAAGAUGAGGCUUCUGCAGGAAGCUCCGGGCAGCACGGCUUGAUCGCUCAGUCGCAAGAACCCAGUAACCAAACCUUUCUAAAUCAGACCGACGCGAAACCCGACACUGGCAGUGCCGGAGCCUACCAGGGCCCGGAGAAAACCAACCCUGACAAUUCGACAGACGAGCUGCGCCUCGAGAAAGCCGACACCAACAAUUCGGUAGCCAAGCAGGGCUCCAAGAAAACUGACCCUGACGAGUCGCGAACCGAACACCACCCCGAGAGAGCCGACCCUGACAAUUCGGGAUCGGUGCAGCGCUCCGCGACAACCGACUCUGACAAUUCGGGAGCCAGGCAGCACCUGGAGAAAACUGGCGAUUCGAAAACCGAACAGCACCCCGGGAAAGCCGACCCUGGCAAUUCCCUCACAGACCAAUCCAACAAGUUGGUCUCCAGCCCCUCUUCUGAUAACAAGGAGUCCACCAAGCUUCAUGUAAACACAGUAGCUGGCAAACCUCUGCAGACUUCCAGAACUGAACCUGGGGAAAAAGUGUUGGCAGACCCCUCUUCUCCCCAGCAGGAGGGAGAAGGUAAGCCCUUGGAACUAACUGAAGAUGUGGAGCCCAAGGAGCCUGAGGAAGGGGAUACAGAGCCAGAGGAAGACGCACCACCCAAAGAAGAGAAAGAAAUGGUUGGCCCUGCCUCCAGGGAGAACCGUGAAGGGACACUUUCGAAUACCUGGAGUAAGAAGAGUGACCUUUAUAAGGAUAACCCUGGAAAUGCCAGUGCAGAGAGCAGCCACUUUUUUGCAUAUCUGGUGACAGCAGCCAUUCUCGUCGCUGUCCUCUAUAUCGCCUACCACAAUAAGCGGAAGAUUAUAGCUUUCGUCCUGGAAGGAAAAAGAUCCAAAGUUACACGGCGGCCAAAGGCCACUGACUACCAACGUUUGGACCAGAAGAUUUGA